UAUUGUAGUGUUAAAAGUACUCACUUCAUUAUUCCUGCCAUCCAAAAAUAGACUUACUAUAGUUAUGUCGAAGAAUUACAUAAAAGAGCUUUUGAAGCCUUUUCGUGAGAGUAAACUGUUUGAAGGACUGUCGAGGUGGCUAGCGCCGUCAUCAGGGGUUGGCGCUGAAGUAGUUAGGGGCGGGAAAAAUGAGGUUCCGGCCGGUCGGGCGGGCUCCGCGGCCUACAGCACAGGUGUACGGAGGGUGACGUUGAUCCCUGGUCACGGUAUUGGACCAGAGAUCACGGUGGCCGUGCAAAAAAUAUUUGAAGCAGCCAAAGUGCCUAUUGAAUGGGAUGAGGUGGACGUCACAGCUGUUAGAGGACCAGAUGGCAAAUUCGGUAUACCGCAGAAGGCUAUAGACUCAGUGAACACUAACAAGAUUGGACUUAAGGGUCCAUUAAUGACACCAGUUGGCAAAGGGUACAGGUCAUUAAACUUGGCACUUAGGAAAGAAUUUGACCUAUACGCUAAUGUGAGGCCCUGCAAGAGUUUAGAUGGUAUUAAAACACUAUACGAUAACGUAGAUGUGGUAACGAUCCGCGAGAACACAGAGGGAGAGUACUCUGGUAUAGAGCACGAGAUCGUAGAUGGAGUAGUGCAGUCAAUUAAACUGAUCACAGAGGAAGCCAGCAAGCGGGUCGCCGAGUUCGCCUUCCAGUUCGCCAGAGACAACAAGAGGAAGAAGGUCACCGCUGUCCACAAGGCUAACAUUAUGCGUAUGUCCGACGGUCUGUUCCUACGGUGUUGUCGCGACCUGGCCACCAAGUAUCCAGACAUCAAGUUUGAGGAGAGGUACCUCGACACAGUCUGCCUGAACAUGGUCCAGGAUCCGUCCAAGUUCGACGUACUGGUGAUGCCCAAUUUAUACGGAGACAUCAUGUCAGACAUGUGCUCCGGUCUGGUCGGAGGUCUCGGCCUCACCCCAUCAGGGAACAUCGGAAAGAAUGGUGCUCUAUUCGAAUCUGUGCACGGCACAGCUCCUGACAUCGCUGGUAAAGACAUGGCCAAUCCCACUGCCCUCCUCCUCUCAGCUAUUAUGAUGUUACGGCACUUGCAGUUAAACGAGCACGCAGACCGUGUGCAAAAUGCGUGCUACGAAGUACUGAGGGAAGGAAAAGCCCUUACUGGCGAUCUGGGAGGCACCGGCAAAUGUAGCGACUACACUAACGCUGUCAUCUCAAAACUGAACUAAGGAAUUGCCCCAAAUCUCUAUUAUUUAAAAAAAUCGAAUAUUAUGUAGGCAUACUGCAUGCCAAAUAAUACAGUACAAAAAUUGACUUUAAAGUGUUAACUUUAAAAUCGAUGUUUGUAUACAGUAUUAUUAAGCAUGCGUAUGUAGGUAUUAAGUGCCUUUCAAUGAGUUACCCCACUGGAGCGAGUUGGUUGUAACCACUGCUGGUGUGAGUAGCUGGUAAAUAAAAUGUAUACCUACCUAUGCCUAGGUACCAAAGUAGACUAUUAUAAUACUUAACAAUAAAUUGGUUUGACUCACACGAGAUUAUAGCGUCAUGAAGUUAUAGUAUUAUUCUAAGUAUUAGAGGUACCUACAUGCCAUAGAAACAUGGUAAUGUAAAUAGCAAUUCACCAAGUUUUGUUUGAAAUAGAUACUAGAAAAUAUAAAUAAGUAGAAAUAGAUUGUACAAACGUUGUAUGCACCUAAUUUAUUGAAUAACAAUUGCCAUAAUGGAAAUUAUGAAACAAUAUGAUACAGGUAAUUAAAUAAAUGGAUUUUUUUACACC